UAUGGUAGAUCUCUUUUGAUUAAUAUAUAUUAUAAAGAAGCUUCUUUAUUUGUUCUGUAAUGCACUAAGUUUAUGAGUUUGACUCUGAGUCAUCUUCCAUUUGACAUUUCUUUAACACCCUGCAUCUCCAAUUUCCUCGAACCAAACUGAAGGAAUCCAACACUUCACUACACAUUAAGCCUUCCCCAGCUGUUCAGAAACUACCCUUUUUCUAGUUUUCAAAGUUGUUGAUCAACUAACAUUGUUUUUCAUUCAGAAUCCCAACGCAUUGAGUGGGAUUUUAGCGGCAAACAUUCAGCAGAAAAACUUAAGCAUUUAUACUACUCGAAAACAUGUUUAAGUCAUGGAGGAGCGACAAGAAGAAGAUCAAAGUUGUAUUCCAAUUGCAGUUUCAGGCAACUCAGGUGCCUAAGUUGAAAAAGUCGGGGGUGACGAUAGCGUUGGUGCCGGAGGAUGUGGGGAAGCCGACGCUGAGAUCAGAGAAAGUUGCAGUUCAAGAUGGGAGUUGUUUGUGGGAGAAUCCUGUUUAUGAAACUGUGAAAAUGAUCAGGGAGAUGAAAACAGGAAAACUGAGUGAAAAAAUUUACCAUUUCGUUGUUUCGAAUGGAUCUUCAAAAGCAGGGUUCCUUGGUGAAGCUUCGAUCUAUUUUGCUGAUUUUGCAGCUGAAACUGAACCUGUUACAGUCUCCCUGCCCCUUAAGUUUGCCAACUCCGGUGCCAUUCUACAUGUGACAAUUCAUAAAAUUGAGGGAGCAGAAGAUCAGAGAUAUAUUCAAGAUGGUGGAGAUUUGACCAUUUCCAGGGAGGGAAGCCUGCACAGCCAAGGCAUGAAUUACAGUGACAAUCUCCAAAAUUUAACAGAAGAUUGGGACUUGGAAACUGCCGAAUUAUUUUCACCUCUACAGAAAAACUCGAUGCCCCAGAGAGCAGCUGAUACUGGCAAGAAGAAAAAGUACAUGCACCGAAGAACAAACACGGAUUGGUCGGGUGGUUCAACUUCAGAUGGAAGUUUAGCUGAGUUAGCUAAUAGCCCUGAAGACAUCCCAAGAGAAUGGCACAAGGGAUCAAAAGAUCCUGUUGAGAAACUCAGAAGUGAAAAUGCUAUGUUAUCGAGGCAGGUAGAAGUACUGGAAUUAGAGUUGCAGUCUCUUAGGAAACAGAUUUCGAAGGAGAACAAAUGGACCCAGGAUCUGUCGAGACAAAUUAGCAGCCUUAAAGAAGAAAGAGAUGCUGUGAAGAUGGAGUUUGAACAACUCAAGUCAAAGAAAAAUAUGGAUGAGGAAGAAAGUGACAGUGGAUCGGAGGAUGAGAACGAGGGGUCAAGAGUUCUGCUAAAAGAAAUUAGGCAGGAGCUGGAGCACGAAAAGGAGUUGAAUGCAAAUCUCCGUUUGCAGCUGCAGAAGACAGAGGACUCAAAUUCUAAUCUGAUUCUUGCAGUGAGAAAUCUCAAUGAAAUGCUACAGAAAAAGAACAGGGAAAUAGCUCGCCUCUCCAACGAGAUCGAAGCAAGUACGAGUGUCGAAGAGGCACGGUCAAAUGAACAACAUGAUGCUGAUGAAAUGCACAUGCUAAAGCAGACAAUCACAGACAUGAAUGCAGAGUUGGAGUUUUACAAGAAACAUAAGGAGGAGUUAGAGAUGCAUAUAGAAGAACUGAGCCAGGAAAAUGACAAUAUGUUAUCACAGUUAAAGCAGAACCAGCAACAAGAAUCAAUGAAGACAGAAAAUGAGAACUCAGAAUAUUUGGUUACUAUAAAUGAACUUGAAUCUCAAGUGCAAAGACUAGAGGAUAAAAUCAAGCAGCAAUCAGAAGACUACUCGGAGUCUUUAAUCUCCAUUAAUGAACUUGAAAGUCAAGUCAGAAUUAGGCAAAGAACUGGAGAAUCGGACACAACGGUUCGAAAAAGAACUUGAUGCCAUGAUACAUGCCAAAACUGAGCAGGAACAGAGGGCUACCCGAGCAGAGGAGGCCUUAAAAACGACAAGGUGGAAAAAUGCUGCUAAUGCCGAGCGGCUUCAGGAAGAAUUUAAAAAACUCUCAGUUGAAAUGGCCGGUAGGU